UGAUAUGAUAUCUUACAAAAGCGGAGACUGAACAUUGUAUUUCCCGUCACAUGAUAUCCACCGACAACGCUAAAUGUGUUUGAUGAGUCAAUUUUCUGUGUUGAAGUAGCGGGAAAGGUUAGUUAUUAUCCGUGGAAAUGUGGUUGCUGAGACCUAUAACUAACGGAUACACCGUGCUGGUUGGUUGCUGUUUACAUUCUGCUGGAUUCAGAUCCGAUCGGACGCAGAUUAUGGAAUUGUAGGAAUUCCAUAAUCUGAAAUCAUAAUAGGAAUUGUAACAGGGGAUUAGUUUUGUAUUAGGAGUGAUUGCCCUUAUGACACCCUCACAGGCCUAGUAUGGGCGAGAAGACCAGUUCCUGUCUGUGGACUUCUGUGCCUCAGAUUUCUCCUGCACCAUGUAACCGCUAUAAGCAUGCUAUUUGUGCUUACAAUGGGAACGUAUACCUGCUCGGAGGUAGAGGGAAGCACUCAUUAAAAGAUUUCUGGAAAUACUCUGUGGUAUGUAACAAGUGGGUAAAGUUGGACUGUGAUGAUGACAAUGCACCUGACGAAUUGGAGGAACACAGCAUGGUGCCUAAUCAGGGUGUCCUCUAUGUUUUCGGAGGCUUGAGGGAUUCAGCAUAUUCUGACUCAAAAACACCUCUCUGGUUGUUUGACACAGCUAAAGAACACUGGUUCUACAUAGAAGAGCAAAGUCCACUUUCUCAGAAUGUGGCACCAUCCAACAAAAAGGGACACAGUGCUGUUGUGUUGGGAUCCUGUAUGUUCAUUUAUGGUGGAUACAUCGACAUGCGAGGGACCUCACAGGAAUUCUGGAGAUUUGACAUGGACUCCAGGUUAUGGUCACUCUUGAGUAUUGAACAAGUGGGUCCUGGACCUCGGCAUAGCCACUCUGCCAUAACCCACCAGAACUAUAUGUACCUGUACGGUGGUCUGCAAGGUCUGAAGGAGCAGAGGGACCUAUGGAGAUGGAGCUGCCACAGCCAUACAUGGACCUGCAUCAGUACCUCCUCAGGACCCUCUAAACUGAUGGGCCACUCAGCUGCGGUGUACAAGGACAGCAUGCUGCUCUUUGGUGGAGGAGAGACCCAGACUGCUCCCACUAACUGCCUGUGGAGUCUCAAUCUUACCACACUAAUGUGGGAGAGGCUGCUUUCAUUGCCUGGAUCCACUGCUCCAUGCCGGAUUCACCACCGCUGUGUUGGUCUUGGCCCUAAAUUCCAGCCCAAACCACCAAAUAAUACCAGUAAUAAAGAACUCUCCAUAUCAAAAAGCAAGGACAGCACAUUCAGACCCUUCAAGAACAAGUGUUUCCCUUCCAGUCCCUUAAAGCAGCAGCCUGAUGAGGACAUAGAGCUACAGAAUCUGCAUGUGAGCUUAAAAAGUACUAAGACAUAUGGGAACUGCCUCACCUUUGAAAACCAAUUUGUACAAGGAAACAGGGACAAUGAGCAUUCAGAAAAUGAAACAGAGGACACUAUGGAGGUCCCAAUGCCUGACUUGCUGCUCAUAUUCGGAGGUAAACCUCUAAAAGACCAAGCUGCCAUUUCGGUGUGGCAAAUGACUUUGGGAGAUAGCUGAGAGAGGGUGAAAAGUUCUAUAGAAGCAAAUGCUACUUUCUCAGAGAGAGAGAGAAAAAAAAUAGACUUAAUUGUCCUAUAUGAGGACAUACUUAUCGUUUUUACUGCUGGUACACUAGUGGCAUUCUGAUUUAUUAAUCUGAUUUAUAUAUUACCAUAUAUUGGGGGUUUGAAUGGGGGUUCAAAUACCGACUCCUCCCUGUGUGCACAGAGUUUUCAUUCGUAGCUUGGGGGUUUCCUCCAGGUACUUUGGCAUUUCCAAAUUGUCCGUAGUGUGUGAAUGUGUGUGCAGUUGUGCCCUGCAAUGGGGUGGCACCCUGUCUAGGGUGUCCCCUGCCAAGUUCCCUGUGAUAGGAUAAGUGGUAUGAAAGAUGGAUGGAUGGAUGGAUGGAUACCAGUCAUGGUCAUGGUGGAGCCGGAACCCAUCACAAUAUUACUGGGGGACCUGUGGGAGGAUUCACCCAGAAUUCACCCCGGAUGGGAUGCUUGUCCAUCACAAGGCACCUUACACACAUUCUCAUACUCGUUCACAAUCAAGGGCAAAACCAAUUCACCUAUUGGCAUUUUUUGGGAGAUUGGAGGAGACCAGAGAUCCCAGAGGAAACUUACAUGUGCUGUACAUGUUCACCCUUAUGCUGUACAUAUCUUUGCAUCCACUGUAUCAUGUUUUUGCAGAUUUUCCUCAGCAUAUUUGGGUUGACACAUUUGCUUAACAUAUUCCCAUUAAUUCCUGACUUUUUGGACUCUCUGUAGAUCACAUAAUUAGAUUAACUUUGUUUUCUUUACAGUGGUAACAAACACCCAAGUUCAGCAUGUUCACAGUAUGAUGAGACCUUUUCUUGUUUAUAGAACAUACACAGAUAUGUGUAUGCCUUGUGAAUUAUGAAUGAACAUUUUAGACACAAGCUACCUAAAUUAAACAAAGUAAGCUGUGAUUGAAAA